AUGGAUAACAAAACCGAACAGUCUCUCUCGCCCUCAACUACAAGUGCCCCUUUGAUACCUGAUAGAAUAACACCGGGUCUGUAUCUCUCUGAUAUCCAUACAGCAUGUGCGGUGUUGAGCCCCUACUACCCAGCGCCUAACAGACCAGACAUCAAAUACAUUUUGUCGAUCAUGGACAAACCCGAACGCACGCCUUCGGUUCACCCGGAAGAUGAAUCGAAGUUUGUCCUCAAGUUCCUCAAGCUGCGGGAUGUGAGCACCGACGACCUUCUUGAGAUCCUCGGGGAAGCCUGCGAAUUCAUCAAAAGUAGUAUGAGUAACGAUGACGGCGGAGUUCUGGUACAUUGUGCCAAGGGCAUCUCACGCUCUGCAUCUGUGAUUCUUGCUUUUGUCAUGGAGGAUAUGUGCCUGGAUUACGAUACUGCUUUGCGAUAUGUACGUCAAUUUCGUCCUAGGGUCAAGCCAAAUCUGGGCUUUGAAGCUCAGCUGAAGUUGUGGCACCGCAUGGAGUACAGCAUUUUCGAGGCGGAUGGCACAACUCACAAGGAAGAAUACAGUGUCUGGAAGGCAAACAAUGAGCACGCCACCAAGGCCCUUGCCUUCAGGAUCUUGGAGAAAGCCGGGGAAUCGAACAAGAAGGAUGGCACAACUUGA